AUGGCCAUUACAGUUGAAAUUAAACAUGUUAUUGCUGUUUGUGUUAGCUUGUGGACAUGUGCAUACCCAGCCAUGUGCCGAACGUUGCAUGAAUCUUCUGUUGCUAAAGCACACCAUGACCAAUGGAUGAUCCAAUACGGUCGCUCCUAUGCUAACGAUGCAGAGAAGGAGAAGCGGUUCGGAAUAUUUAAGGAGAACUUGGAAUACAUAGAGAAGUUCAACAAUGCUUGGAAUAUGAGUUAUACGUUGGGUCUGAAUAAAUUUUCUGAUUUAACUGAAGAAGAGUUUAUGGCUUCUCACACCGGACUCAACAUUGGUUCAAGCCUAGGAUCAGACUCGGUUGCAGCACCCUUGAAUUCGAUUGAUUUUCAAACGAGCUUGGACUGGAGAGAGGAAGGAGCUGUAACUGGUGUUAAGGACCAAGGUCAAUGUGGAAGCUGUUGGGCAUUUUCAGCUGUGGCAGCUGUAGAAGGCAUUUACCAAAUAAGAACAAACCAAUUGGUGUCAUUGUCAGAGCAAAACCUAAUGGACUGUGAAAGUAAUAACGAGGGGUGUGGUGGAGGAGGUAACGAGGAAGACGCCUUCAGGUACAUAGCAAUGCACGGUAUCGCUUCGGAAAGCGAUUACCCAUACAAAGGUUUUGAUGGAACAUGCCGUAUGAUACAGCCUGCAGUUCAAAUAAGAGGUUUUCGACUAGUAGUUGGAGCAAGUGAAGAGCAACUGCUACAAGCUGUUUCCAUGCAACCAAUGUCAGUUUCCAUUGCUCCCGGUCGUGACUUUUACUUAUACAAUGGAGGUGUAUUUGAUGGACCAUGUGGCACUGAACUCAACCAUGCGGUUACUAUAAUUGGUUAUGGCACCACCGAAGACGGCAAAAAGUACUGGUUGAUCAAGAAUUCAUGGGGCCUGAGUUGGGGAGAGAAUGGCUACAUGAGGUUGCUCAGGGAAAGUGGUCAGCGUGGUGGUGUUUGUCUCGUCGCUGCGAGAGUUUCUUAUCCAAUUAUGUAG